AUUAACCUUUAGCCUCUGGUUGGCGCCAGGAAUAGCACCAUCUCUCGCAGUCACCCACUCACUGGUACUCCAUAUAAUGGCGCGCAAUCAAAGAAUCCAUUAAGCUAGGACAGGAAAAAUCACACUAAGCUAGCUUAGCUACGAUAUGCCACCCCACGCCGGCUCUACGCCGCGCUUCGGCUGCGGCCGCGGAGAGCAGCAGAGCACGCGGCAGGUCUAUCAGGCUCCGGCGCCGGCCGCCGCCGGAUUCGGGCAGAAGCAGGGGUGCGGGCGGCGCGCGGCGGGGCUCGUCGGCGGCGGGAUCGCGGCCGCCUUCUUCGCGUCGCUGGAGCGGUGCGCCUGCGUCGACCUCCGCACCACCGGCGACGACUGCGACUGCGACUGCGAGGCUGCCGCCGCGCCGCUGCUGACGAAGACUCUCGACGACGGCGCAGCCCGUGCUGCCACCGCGAAGACGAAGAGCAGCACCAAGAGAUCUACUUCCGCCGCCGGCGCCCGGAAGGGCAGGAGGGGCGGCUUUGUUGGGUGCUGCGAUAACCUGCGUUAAUCAACUUCAGCUUGGCUGGUUUAUUGCCCUGGCUAAUUUCCUGUUUCAUGGACGUCUGUUCUUCAUUGUGCUUAUUGUAUGGCUCCAUCUUUCACUUGAGCUUGGCAGCUGGUUUACUACUUCCUACUAGCUCCUCUGUUCAUCGUUUGGAUAAUUAAUCAAGCGGCACGCGAUCGACCACCUGUAAAACCAGUUUUCCUCAAUGCUCUGCCCAUCUCUGAUCUCUGUGUUUGUUUCAUCAAAUUGAGAUUUCCUUGAUGUUUCUCA